CCAUUCCAUCAACACCACCCCACAAUCACAACCCAUAUACUACUUACUCUCAUUCCAGACAUGAACUUCUCCAAAUCUCUCUUCCUUUCCAUUUUCCUUCUCACUACCCCCUUCUUCACCUUCACCCAUGCAGCCCUUUUCAAUGUCCUAAACAACUGCCCCUACACGGUUUGGGCUGCGGGCGUCCCCGGUGGUGGCAUGCGGCUUGACCCAGGCCAAACUUGGGACAUCAAUGCCCCGGCAGGCACAACAGGAGCCCGUAUCUGGCCCCGAACCGGUUGCAACUUCGAUGCAUUAGGCCGAGGCAGCUGUCAGACCGGUAACUGCAAUGGACUCCUCCAAUGCAAUGGCUUUGGUGCACCUCCUAACACACUAGCCGAGUAUGCCUUAAACCAAUACCAAAACUUGGAUUUCUUUGACAUUUCUCUUGUGGACGGGUUCAAUGUGCCCAUGGACUUUAGCCCAACGUCCAAUGGGUGCACCCGUGGCAUAAGAUGUACAGCUGAUAUUAACGGGCAAUGCCCGAAUGAAUUGAGGGCACCAGGCGGGUGUAAUAACCCGUGUACCGUGUUCAAGACCGAUGAGUACUGUUGCAAUUCCGGGAAUUGUGGGCCCACAAAUUUCUCAAGAUUUUUUAAGGAAAGGUGCCCAGAUGCUUAUAGUUAUCCCAAGGAUGAUCAAACUAGCACAUUUACAUGCCCUGGUGGGACCAACUAUAAGGUUGUGUUUUGCCCUUGAUCACCUGCUGAUACUGAUUUUCGUAAUAAAAACUGUAAAAUCCACUUAUAAAGGAUUCAAAUCAGUUUUAUAUUUAUAUAUAGAAUAAAUUUGAGCACAUGUUAUGAUGUGCUAUGCUUUCUGUGUAACCUGCUUUAUAAUGUAUGGAAGGAAACUAGAUGUUGGUAAUCA